AUAUAAUUUAAUUUGUAGUACUCCAGAAGAGCGUAGACUAUUUCGCGUUAUGCCAUUGAACUAUGUAAUCUUUGAUGAGGCACAUAUGCUCAAGAAUAUGAGCAGUGUUAGAUAUGAAAAUCUUGUCAGGAUUAAUGCUAAACAUCGAAUUCUCUUGACUGGUACACCUCUCCAAAAUAACUUAUUGGAAUUAAUAUCUUUAUUAAUAUUCGUAAUGCCUUCACUAUUUGCUGGAAAACAAGAAGAUUUAAAAAGCUUAUUCUCCAAAAAUUCAAAAGCACUAAGUGAUAAGAAGAAUGGGGAACAGCCGUUGUUUGAAAGAGAGCAAGUUAAGAAUGCAAAGGAAAUUAUGCGGCCGUUUGUUCUUCGACGACUUAAAGUUCAAGUUUUGCGCGACUUGCCAGAUAAAAAAGACGAAAUAAUACGAUGCCCAUUAACUGAAAAGCAGCGAAGUAUGUAUGAUAAAUUAGUAGCACAAUUUACCGUAGAAGCCAGCGAAAUUACGGACGUAAAUGGUACUGGCAUGAUGAUGCAGUUAAGAAAGCUUGCCAAUCAUCCCCUUCUCAUACACCAUUAUUAUGAUGAUGAAAAACUGCAAGUUAUAGCGAGCAGAUUAGCAAAGGAACCAGAUUAUAAACAAAAAAAUCCAGAGUAUGUCUUUGAAGAUCUGAUUUGGGCGUCUGAUUACCAGAUAAAUCAACUAACUCGUAUAUACAAAAGUAUUGCUGGAUUUGGCUUGCCUCAGGAACUUAUUCCUCAAGCUGGUAAAUUAAAGGAACUGGACAAGUUGCUACCAUCAUUGAAAGCGGAUGGUCACAGAGUACUCAUUUUUAGCCAGUUCACUAUGGUACUAGACAUACUCGAAGAAUAUUUAACUAUUAGAGGACAUACAUUUUUAAGGCUAGAUGGCAGUACACCUGUAACUGAGAGACAAAGUCUUAUAAAUGAGUACACAGAAGAUCCAAGUAUAUUCAUAUUUUUAUUAUCAACGAGAGCCGGAGGUUUGGGCAUCAAUCUAACUGCUGCCGAUACGGUUAUAAUACACGAUAUAGAUUUCAAUCCUUAUAAUGACAAACAAGCGGAAGAUCGAUGCCACCGUGUAGGACAAAAGAAACCCGUUUCUAUAAUGAGAUUAUUAGGUGAAGGCACAAUAGAGGAAGGCAUGUAUGAGAUAGCGCAAGAAAAAUUGCAUCUUGAACAACAAAUUACUGAAGAAGAAAAUGAAACUGCAGAUAAGAAGUCAGUUAUAAAAUUAUUAAAGAUGACCAUUGGCCAGGAUGUUCACAAUAAAUCUUUGUCAUCAAUGAAAAAUGGAGCCAGUAAAGGAACCGACGCAAUAGGAAAUGAUGAAAAUUUGUAAAUAAGGAAUUUUCCCAUAUUUGUAAUACGUAAUUUUGAUAUAUUUCAAUUUAAUCUAUACUGAUCGUAUUAAAUCAUUGUAAAACACACGUGGGAUAAAAACAUAUAACGUAUUUUGUAAAGGGUCACAUUUUUUACUUUUACUUAACAAUUCAAUAGAAAUAUACCACUAUUUGUAGAUUUUCUAUUUAUGAUGUGCGCUGUGGAAUAUUUCCUUUUUUUGUUAUUCUAUACGUUCAUUAAAUCAUUCCAUUUAUUUAUCUACACAAUA